AUGGCAAGUUAUUUCUUUGAAAAUAAGGAAAAAAGUUAUUUCUUUUCUACAAUUACUAUAUUUAUUGCUGAGUUCAUUGGAUUAAUAAGUUUUUUAUUAAUUUUUUAUUGGGGAUAUGAAUUUGGUGGUGGUUUUGGUUGGAAAAGCAAACCAGCUCAAGAAUUUCGUUUACAUCCUGUUUUUAUGAGUUUUGGAUUACUUUUUUGUCAAGGUUCAAGUAUAAUGAUAUAUCGAUUAUUAAGAUCAUUACAAAAAUCAACAUUGAAAUGGUUACAUAUUAUAUUACAUUUUAUAUCAUUAAUAUGUACAAUAAUAGGAUUUAUUGCAGCAUAUGAUUCACAUGUACUUGCCAAACCACCAAAACCUGAUUUUAUGAGCCUUCAUUCAUGGAUAGGAUUGUCAACAAUGUCAUUAUUUUUAUUUCAAUUUGUAUUCUCAUUUCUAUGUUAUAUGAAACCUGGAUUUUCAAUUGGUAUAAGAAAAAGUUUAAUGCCAUUUCAUAGAUAUUUUGGACUCGUUAUAUUUGUUCUUACUUAUGCAACUAUAAUGAUGGGGAUGAGUGAAAAAGCAGCUUGGGCUAUGACUUGUUGGACUGUUGAUGGAUACUUUUGUAGUGAAAUAUAUUUCGCAAUUUUUAAGAAAAAAGGAAACGUCCCAGAAUAUAAUGAUGGAAAGAAAGAAAAUUUAAGAAAAAAUAAUAAGUCAAAAAAUGGAAUAAACAAUAGAAAUAAUGUUAACUUGAAUAAUAGAAUGGAUAAUAAAAAUAGUGGUCCAAAUAAUUAUAAUAAAAAAAUGAAUAAAAUCAAUCAAAACGACAAAUUAUCUAUAGGUUAUUAUUUUCCAUUAAAUAACUCAAAAAAAAAUUAUACAUUUGAUCUUCCACAUUAUGCUAAAGUUAUUGUAAAUAAUAAUGGUAUUCCUGUUAGUAGAAUUCAACAAAUAAACGGUAAGUUAAGCAAAGAAUUGUUAGAAAGUACUUCAAAUAAUCGGAUUACCUAUCAUUAUCCAACACUUCAAAAUAUUUUAAAUACAAAGAAUAAUUACAAUAAAAAUCAAAAUAAAAAAUACAAUAACAAUUUUUUACAUACAAAUAAAGAACAAAAUGCUUAUUAUAAACUUUCAAAUAAUGGUAAUAGUUAUUUUUCAAAAACAUUAAUAAGCACAUUACAUUUUCAACCUGAAAAUAGUAAUCAAUUUAAUAUUAUUGGAUAUAUUCAUCAUCCAGUUCCAAUAAUGGUUCCUUAUCAACCAUUAAUUAAUCCACAAAUAAUAGAACAUGAAAAAAAUAUAAGACGGCAAGUUGAAUAUUACUUUUCUGAAGACAAUUUAAUAAAAGAUUUAUUUUUUCGCCGACUUGUUUUAAAUCCUCAAACAGGUGGAUUUGUUUCUAUUUAUCAAUUGUUAUCAUUUCAUAUGUUAUAUAAAUUAAUUUGUCACUAUCAAAAUCCAGUCGCAGAGAUAGCAAGAAUUUUGUCGACAAGUGAUACUGUUGAAGUUUCACCAGAUGGUUUAAUGCUAAGAGCUAAAAAUAACCUUCACAUUAAGUAUGCUCAAAUGGCUUUAUCUAAAUAA